CUCGAGCGGGAAGUACCGUCGCUCUUGCUAUAUAUCACCGUUUCCAUAGUAUUCAUAUGUUACCCUUGAACACUAUAUAUAUUGAAGGAAGUGGAAUUAAGACAGUGGUGGUAAUUGUGGUAGUGUGUGUUAAUAGUGAUGGUGGUGGUAAGGGUGAUGCUGGGUCGACGAUACAGGGAUUGAGGAGAUUAAGGAACAGCAAUAAAAGAAGAGAGAAUUUGACCUCAGUUGUGUAUAUUCAACCGAUAUCCUCGAGCCGCUAUUUUAAAUUAAACUGAAAAACAAAAUGCAACGGACAGUUUUUUAACGAGAGAUGAUCAGAAAGCUUACAAAACUCAUUAGAGUAAUAAGACUGUAACUUCCAUGUUGAGAGGCGUUACUUAAAGACCAGUAACGUAACCAUGUUAUGACUCGUUACUGCUGCAAACUGUAUCCCGGGCAUCGUUUUGUAACUAUGAGACUAAGGCGACAGAAGGGGCGGGUUCUUCUGAUGGCACUGACAGGCACCUCGCUGUUGUUGUUCAUCCUCAACCAGUCAAACCUCACCAUUCCAGUUAGGCCCGGCUCAGAGCACCCACCACCAUCUUCUGCCAUUUACGAGAACCAGGACACAACCCUGAGGAGCACAACUUUGAGAGAUGAAGCCCAACGAGAUGCGGCGAACCUUGUCUUCAGCCACCUGCAGGCUUCUCCAUCCCGCCAAGAUCCAGAAAAAGAGACAGGUGAGAAAGAGGAAGUGGGGAAAAGAGAUGAUACAUGGCAUAAAGUGGACAUGCAGCAUGGAGAAGAAGCAAGACCAAGAGAGGCUGAUGUUCUUGGGGAGAAAUUAAGUGAAAAUGAAGUUUCAGAAGAAGAGGUAGAUCAACACAAGGCAGAAGAAGUAGAUCAACACAAGGCAGAAGAAGUAGAUCAAUACGAGGAAGAAGAGGUUAUAAAGGAAUCAAACCCUAAUGUGGCUAAAAAAAAUGAGCCCAGUCCUGACACAGGUCGAGAAGAGAUAGCAGGUAUAAGAGAAGGAGCAUCUGGUAAAAAGAUAUUUCCUGCAACAAGGGAGGGGAAGAUACAAGCCAUUCUGUCAAAGCAACGAGAGCAACUAGCAAAAUCUAUGAUAGACUACAAAUUCCACCCUGAAAUUAAGGCAAAGAGCAUGGAUGAUCUUGUAAUGGAGAAGGGAGGCAAUCCUGUCCGCAGCCUGGUCAUCACAACAUGGCGUUCGGGGUCCACUUUUAUUGGUGAGGUACUGCAGACCCACCCUGCCACCUACUACCACUAUGAACCACUUCUGGACUUUGGCAUCACCCAAGUGCGAUAUGGGAAGGUUGCAGAGCUGGCAGUCCACAAUUUGCGAAAUCUUCUCACUUGCAACUACACUGACAUGGAGAACUACCUGAAUUAUGGGCCAGAACACCCAUAUCUGUUCAUGCACAACAAACCACUGUGGAAUUACUGCGCCUCGUUUCCAAAUCUGUGCUGGAAGCCUGAUUUCCUGACACCGUUCUGCAGACUUUUUCCAUUCCAGUCCCUCAAGACAGUCAGACUCCGACUUAAUCUCACAAAGGAGUUUCUUGAGGAUAAAACACUGGGCGUGCAGGUGCUACUGCUGGUGCGUGACCCUCGAGGUACCCUACAGUCCCGCCACCACCGAAAGUGGUGCCCAGGUUACCCUGACUGUGACAACCCUGCCAGGCUUUGUAAUGACAUGAUCAGUGAUUACAACACUGCCCAUGUUUUCAGGAGAAGAUUUCCACAUUCUUUCAGAGUCAUUCGUUAUGAAGACCUUUCUUUCCAAGCUUAUAACAUGACUAAAGAACUGUUUAACUUCUUCCACCUCAACUAUCAUCCUAAUGUGCAAAAGUUCCUGGACACACACACUAAGCAGAAGUAUGGAGGGGUUUCUAGUACUUUUCGUGACUCUAAAACGGCUCCAGUCCACUGGCAGCAAGACUUGUCUUGGGAAGAGGUUGAGAUAAUCCAGAAAGUGUGCCUUAAAGCAUUGACAGUGUGGGGUUAUGAGAUUGCUAAAAAUGAAACACAUCUUCGGUCAUUCAUGCCAGUUGGCAAGUUAAAAAAUGGCUUGUAUUGAGUUAUUUAACAAGGAAUCAAAAAUUUUUUUUGGAAUUUUGGUGUACUGACUUUUGAAAAUUUGUGAAAUGAAUGUUAACUUUCAA